AUGGAAAAUGUUGAUUUCGAUCAAUUGCCUCAAGAAUUUGUGUUUCCAGUAUGUAAUUGUGGUCAAUCUGUUGUGUUAAAAGCUUCUUGGACCUUAUCAAACCCCAGUCGAAGGUUCUUUGGAUGGAGAAACUUUGGCAGGAUCGGUGCUUGUGGGUAUUUUCUGUGGUUUGAUCCUCCUGUGUAUGAACAUUCAAAACAUGUAACUAAUAGAUUGUUGAAGCGUGUGAGAAGAAUUGAAGCUGAAAAUGAGACUGAAAAACGCAAAGCCAUUGUGAUGGUUGUGCUAUUGUCUGAUGUUCACAAUAUUUUUACCUUUUCACUUGAGUCCUGGUGGCUUGAAACCUAG